GACCAACACUUUCUGUUACACAUUUUGAUGUUUCCAGAGUAGAAGAGGAGGCUUCGCUUUCUUCUCCUCUUCUUUCUUCCCUCACUCAAAUUCAAAGAUGGAUUAUCAUAACCAGAAGGUGUAUCCAAUGGACUCUGGUAACACAGCCAUGAACAACGAAAACCUAAAUGCAACAAAAUAUGCCAUGCUUUCUGAGAACGGCGGCAGCCUUCGACCGCCACCAUAUCGCCGGAAUAUUCCACAGUACCAUUCCAUGAUCCCCAAGAAAAAGGGUGGCUCUUGCUUCAAAUGUAUAUGUUGCUGUUUCUGCUUCCUCCUCAUCCUCAUCCUCAUUCUGUUAAGCGUCGCCUUGCUAUUCUACCACUUCUACAAACCCAAGGUCCCUUCCUACAAGGUCCAAGGCAUGGAAGUCAGUACCUUCAAAGUUGAUCGCGACCUCAGCCUCUACACAGAGUUUGUCGUCAAUGUCAGGGCCGAGAACCCCAAUGAGAAUAUCGGCAUUAACUACGGCAAGGAUAGCUCGGUGGCCGUGUCUUACUCGGGCACCAAGCUUUCCUCCGGAAAGCUCCCAACUUUUCACCAAGGGCAUAAGAACACGACCCUUAUGAAGGUGGUGUUGAGUGGGAAAUCCGAGUUUGGGUCUGGGCUUCAAGAGGCUUUAAUGGAUAACCGGCGUACUGGGAGGAUACCUUUGCUCAUUAUGGUGAAGGCCCCUGUGAUUGUCAUGCUUGGGGAGUACGCAAUGAGAGAGAUUGUUGUUCUGGUUAAUUGCUCCAUAGUCGUUGAUAACUUGUCCCCCAACAAGAAAAUUGGGAUCUUAUCAAGUAACUACAAUGUAUCAGCUUCGUUAUAAACACCUCGGGGUGUGGAGUGGGGGCGAAGUCAGGGAGGAUGGCAUGUGAACGUACUUAAGAGCUUCCAGUGUACUAUACAGAUUGGGUUAAAAGGGUCUGCGCUUUACAUGUAAAAUUAUCGGCAUCUCAACAAAAUAAUGUCUCGUCAGUUCUUUUCAUGGUGAAUUUAAUUGGUUCCCAACAAAACGGAUGUCUAGGAUAGUAUUGAUUGAGAAUUAUUAAAAUUCCUUAUGUAAAUUUACGUUCUUUCAUUUUUCCUUUGGAAUAUAAAA